AUGUCGGUAAAGUCUUUGAACGAGUUGGUUGGACAGGGUCCAGAUUCGGCUUCGGUGAAGGAGAGUGUUUUGGUGAUUAUCGAUGCUCAGAACGAGUAUGCUGACGGGCUGUUGAAGACGGCCAAUGUCGAGUCGACCAGAAAACAGAUUGCUUCGUUGCUUGAGAAGUAUCGUGCUGGAAAGAGUGAUAUUGUCCAUGUCAUUCACAAGGUUCCUGAGGGAGCUCCGAUUUUCACUCCAGGAACCCCUUUGGAAGAAGAGUUCUCGGAAUUGAAACCGGUUGGUAAUGAGAAGGUGGUGUAUAAAGAACAUCCUGGUUCAUUUACUGGUACUGAUUUGGGCGAAUUCCUUGAAUCUACUGGAAAGAAGAAACUCGUGCUUACUGGUUAUAUGGCUCAUGUGUGUGUCAGUACUACUACUAGACAGGCUGCUGAGAGAGAGUAUUCAGUCCUGCUUCCAAAAGAUGCAAUUGGCGACCGAGAUAUCCCUGGCGUGUCAGCUCAGCAGCUCGUCGAUGUGGCUCUAGCCGAGCUCGCUGAUGCUUUCGGUACAGUUACUACCAGUGCAGAUAUUAACUAA